AGCAUGGAGGUGGUGAGAGCAUGGGAAUGGUGAGAGCACACAUGGCAUGUGGCAAUGCUGGUCCAGUGCAGCAGUGCAGGCAUCAAGCCAUGAGGAGGGCCAACGGGUGCCACCCGUUUGUGCUUGAUGUUUCUCUACCCCGCCCGCCCGCUGUCUCUGAUCGUCUCUGCCUCACCACCACCUCUGCACGCUGCAUGCUCUCCCUUCCUCACUGCUCUCUCUGCCUCACCACCACCUCUGCACGCUGCAUGCUCUCCCUUCCUCACUGCUCUCUCUGCCUCACCACCACCUCUGCACGCUGCAUGCUCUCCCUUCCUCACUGCUCUCUCUGCCUCACCACCACCUCUGCACGCUGCAUGCUCUCCCUUCCUCACCGCUCUCUCUGCCUCACUGUCCCCCCUCUCUUCCCCUGCCAGGCGCCGGGCUCAGAGGAGGCGAUGGAGCUGCAGGCGUCCAUGGUGGAGUGCUACGGCAUGCUGCACCCGUCGCCCGUUGUGCAGCACAUGGUUGAUCGGGAGAACCUCACCCACGUGCAGCACAGCACCGCCGUGUACAUGGAGGUAUGCUGUAGCUGCUACGAUGCAACCUCCUACUUGCGUCCCCAUGCUCCUGUCUUCCCGUACACUCGCCUUCAGUCAGGCUCUGCCCUUGAGCCCUCUUCCCUGCACCCAUCACAGCCGGUGCUAUCAGGGUGCACGGGGUGCGAUGUGAAGCAGGUGGUGAACUGCACGGCGCGGCGCCUCAUGUGGCUCUUCCUCGCGCACCCCGCCACCGCCACCACGCUCGCCGCCUUCUGGCCCUCGCACGCCCUCGCCGUCGCCCACACCUUCCACCCCGCCCGCCAGCCACACCUCCUCCGCACCACUCUGCACCGCUCUGAACAGUGCCGGCCGAACCCGCAGCGGGGAGAGAUGGCGGCGCCGGCCAUCGUGCCGCACCCGUGGACGCCGAAGCAGAUAGCGGAGAAGCGGCACCGCGACGACAUGGCCAGGAACGUGAGUCGCGCCGAUGCUGCUGCCGCUGACGUGGCGAAGAGCGUGGCGAGCAGGAAGGAGCGGAAGGAGUGGCUGGAUAAGGCGGUGACGGCACAGCUGGAGGAGGAGAAGAGGAGUGCGAGAGGCACGGGCGAGGGGGGAGGGGAGGAGGGGAGCGGGGCAGGAGCAGGAGAGGAAGGAGCGGGAGGAGGGGAGGGAGGGAGUGCGAGCUUGAUUGCAGGUGUGGACGGGCCGGAGGGACCGGGAGAGGCCGGGGGGAUGGACGGGAGGGGCGAUGCGCGCAGGGAGCGAGUGCUGGAGUUUCUACAGAAGAUGUACGGGCCAGGCAUGGGGGCGCGGCAGCUGGGGAAGACGGAGGGCGCGCAGCGGCGGCAGAUCAGAGCAAUGCUGAAGGAGCUCAUGGGGCGCAACUGGAAGACGGUGCUGGAGGGGGAGGAGGAGGGGGAGAAGGAGGGCGAGGGGGAGGGGGAAGGGGAAGGGGAGGGGGAGGGCAAACAGAAUGUUUUCAGUUUGGUGAGAUUGCGGCGGUUGCUUCAGUCUGAGGCGGGGGAGGAUGGUGACGAGUUGGGGGAGGUGAAUGAGUCGCAUGCAGGCGAGCGGCAGCAAGAAGGGGGAAGAAGGAAGGCAAAGCAGGAGCAGCAGCAACAGCAAGGCGAGACACGGGAGCAGCUUCGGAAACAGAUGGAGCUGGCGGAGAGAGAAUCGGCUGAGAGGGAAUCGAGGGAGCGAGAAUUGGUGCAGAGGGAGUGGGAGAGGCUGGACGCGAAGCAGAGGUCGAUCCGGUGCUCCCAGCUGGAGGCGGCGGAGCUCUUCGCGCUCUCCCACGCGCCACGCCUCAUCCACCUGCAGCACUCCCCCCAGGCCGACUUCCUGCACGCGCAGGCCAUGGCCCGCCGCACCCAGGAGGCUUCGCAGGCUGCAAGUGUCUUUCCCUUGUGCCUCUCCUCACACCCCUCCUACUGCGCGCUCGUCCCAUGGCCCCACCAGAGGGCACCAGCGUGCUGCUGUACUGCUGCUGCCCGAGGUGGCCUGCACCAGCUGGAAGAGGGCAUCGGGCUGUUGUACUGCUGGGUGCCCAAGGUAGCGUGCACGAGCUGGAAGGUGUGGCUGCGGCAGCAGCACCACGACAGCCACAGCAACGACCUUCUCUCCACGCACCGCCCCUUCGCCUCCAACAUCACGGAGCUGUGGUACGCGCUCACGGAGCCGGCGGCCAUCCGCGCCGUGACGCGCCCCGACCUGCUGCGCUUUGUGUUCGUGCGUCAGCCCUUUGAGCGCAUCGUCUCCGCCUACCUCAACAAGCACGUCGCGGGCGGCGGACCUGAUGGAUGGGGCCGCAAGUUCUGGAACCUGAACUUCUUUGGGCAUCUGGCAUACUUCAGGCAGAUGAACAACCGCACGGGCGGCAACUUCACGUUCCCUGAGUUCGUGCGCCUGGUGGAGUACGGCAUGCGCUUUGACCGCCGCAAGAACAUGGAUAACCAUCUUGCUCCUCAGUCGCUGCUGUGUGGGCUGGACCGCAUAAGGUACGACCUGGUGGGGCGCUUUGAGCGCAUGGAGGAGGACGUCAAGGCCGUCAUGAUGCGCCUGGGCCGCCAGCCAGGAGAUGCAUUUGACUUUGGCAAGAAGAUCCACCCCACAAAGUCACGAGACCAGCUGCUGCAGCUCUACAGUGAUGCUGCGACGUAUUUCAAGGUGAAGAGCACGUAUCAAGCGGACAUGGAGGAGCCGUUCAACGCCAUCCACUUCGACCCGCCGCCUGAGCUGCGCGACAAGUUUGAACCAACCCCGGGUCAACCACAGGGGCCCAUGAACUAA